AUGAACGACAGUCUCGGCGCGCUGCUGGCCAUCGUCGUCCUUUGGUCGAUCCUGCGCUUUGCCUUUGGCGGCGGUUCCAACAACAACUCGAACGGUGGUCACGGAGCACCGGCCAUCAAUGCUGCCCGUUCUCGUCAGAUACCACAGCACAUGGUCGAUUCGGUCAAGACCCUCUUCCCGCACAUUCCCGACGCUUCCAUCCGCUACGAUCUUCAACGCUCUGGUAGCGUAGAGGAGACCUGUGAACGCAUCCUCAACGAAGGUGGUCUGCCCUCACCGCCCGCGGGCUUCUUUGCUUCCGCAGAGCCUUCGACAGCCUCUAAUACGGCAAUUGCUCGAGCACAGGCUGCCAAUCGCACCGCAGCGAAUGCCGCCGCAGCCGGCUCUUCAUCGAGUAUGAGCACUCCGAGCAAAUCUCCCAACCUGAUUUCGCGCUUCGGUCUCCAAUCACGCUUGGCCUCCGACAAUCUACCAUCCACACCCGACUCGCUCAAAAGUACGAGUAGCCAGGGUAGUCCGAGUAGCUGGGCAACCACUCCCGAAGAACGUGCCAAGAUGCUCAAGGAUCGCAAGGAGCAGAUGAUCCUAGAGGCUAGGAAAAAGAUGAUGGAGAGGCAGCAAGCUAGAGCAGCUCCGGAUACUCCUACACCAGCAGCUUCGCACUAG